AUGGUUGACUCAAAAAUUAAAAUACCAGUUAUUGUUACUGAUAUUGAUGGUGUUCUAGUGCAAGUAUAGUAAUAGCUUCCAUUUGUAAAAAGUACCUUGGAAGUUGUGAAACUGCCACUUAAAAAAAUUGACCCAAUAAAAUUUAAUAUUGAGGAUAAUUAAUAAAUUCCAUUUUUAUUACUUACAAAUAGAGGAGGAGUGACAGAAAAAGAAAAUGCAGAAGAACUUAAUAAUAUAUUUGACUUCACAGAGGAUUCUCAUUUUAAAUUUACAGAAAAAUAAUCUUUAAUAUGCCACUCUGCUGUGAAGUAGCUAUGGAAGACGGAAUACUCUGAUAAAUUAGUACUAAUAGUAGGAAAUGGGUGUGAUGACAUAUUAAAAGAAGAAGGUAGUAAAUACAUUACUGCUGAUGAGUACUUAAAUAUAUACCCUGAAUUAGUACCUAUGUCCCAAAGAGGUAAUAAAUAUUAAUCUCUUAAAGCAGUUAUGGAUAGAUUAAAUAUGACAUCAGAUGAAAUAUAUGCAGAUUACUUGCAAGUUCAUGCAAUUUUUAUAAUCUAAAAUAGUAAUAACUGGGAAGACUCUAUAUAAUUAAUUAUUGACUUGCUAACUACUUCUGAUGGAAAAAUAGCUCACGAAUUUCCAAAAUAAAAGCCUAAUAAACAUAUUCCUAUUUAUAGCACAGUGAAUGAUGUAAUGUAUAAAGAUCACUUUAGAUUAGCUAGAUUAGACAACAAAGUAUUCAUAUCUUCUUUAUAGUCUGCAUAUAAGUUAGUUUUUAAUGAUGAUUUAAAAAUUAUUACAUAUGGAAAACCUUCUCUUAAUUAAUUUGAGUAUGCAUAUUAACACAUAAUUAAUAAUUUUAUUCAUGAUGGAAUUGAAAUUUCUAAUAUUUAUAUGAUUGGAGAUAACCCACAUACAGAUAUUCAAGGUGCUAAUCUAGCAGGUUGGACAAGUAUUCUAGUUAGAACAGGUAUUUUUGUUGGAAAUUAAGAAAACGAUAAGGAAAAUCCAGCAAAAUAUGUUGUUGAUAAUUUUAAGGAAGCAGUAAGACUCAUCUUUUAACUUGAAAACAUUUCUACAAAGCUUUUAGAUUGA